UCUCCUCUGACUAUAACUAUCCGAGUCCUUCAAAGCCUUCACAGCCGAACCUGAAGGACAACAGCAGACAUCUGAGAUAGAAGCUUCCAGAAGGUGAACUCCUACCUGACAUAAAGGCACCAAAGACUAUAAGAAGAAUACAUUGUAACAAAUCUUCUACUCUACAGAUCAACAUGAUGAACAGAAUGACCUUGAGAGUCUUCCUGAUACUUGGAAUAUUCACAGUACUGGGGAUAUCACAGGAAUUAGCAGCUUUACAACCAAAUUCCUUCUGUGAGCCCAAUAAGAUGUUCUACCAGUGUAAGCCGUGCCCAAGGACCUGCGGUAACCAGGAAAUCCCAUGUCUGAAGAUCUGUCAGCCGGAAUGUUACUGCAAACCUGGCUUUAUCCUGGCAUCGCCCACCUCCACCACCUGCAUCCCCGAGGCUCAGUGCACGUCCUGUGGGGUCAACGCCAAAUUCACGGACUGUAACUCUCACUGCCAGGACACCUGUGAUAACUACCUGCAGGUGGACAGGGCCUGCCCCAUGAUGUGCCAGCCCGGCUGCGUCUGCGAGAAGGGCUACGUGAUGUACAACAACCAGUGUAUCAAGCCCAUUCUGUGCCCCAACAGGUCCCGAGGUGUUCCCCCAAUAUUAUUACCCCUAUUAGCCGGGAGGGCUCCAAACCCCACCAACAGAGCCACCUAAACCUUUAUUGCCUGGGUCAUGUAACCUGCUAUUUAAGUGCACUUUAUGUAUUUUUUCUG